AACAACGAGAAUGCAAGCAACUGUGGUUUCUAUGAGCGAACGAUAAGCUUUCUUCCGUCGGCGGCUCUGACCGGCGUUUACACUGGGACAGGAUUUAAUUCCAGAGCACCACAAUGGGACUCAUAUCUGAUCCCAAUCAAAGAAGGGCAUUGAUCAGCCUGCUCACUCGCCUCAAUGCUCCAAUCUGUGUGCUCUGCUACAUGGUGGGCGUGGCCUGGUUCAUGGGUUUGGCCUUCGAGCCGUUCACCAUGCGUACGUACAUGUCCGAGAACGCCAUGGGCUCCACCAUGGUGGAGGAACACUUCCCGGCCGGGGAGAGGGCGCUGGUCACGGCCAGGGAAUUUGCGGCGCAAAAGAAGAAAGCAGGCGGGAUGCCGGUGAACUGGCUGGUGAAAACCAUGCAGGAUCGAGGCCUGGAGGUGUUCACGCAGCGCUUCUCCCGCACGCUCCCCUUCCCGGAUGAAAACAGAGAGAGAUUUUUGGUGAAAGGUACAAAUGUGUACGGCAUCCUGCGGUCUCCACGAGCGCCGCGGACCGAAGCCCUGGUGCUGACCGCACCGUGUAGCCAAGGCAACGCCAACAACCAGGCUGUGGGGCUGCUGCUGGUUUUGGCGCAGUACUUCAGAAAUCAGGUGUACUGGGCCAAGGACAUCAUCUUCCUGGUCAAUGAACACGAUCUGAUCGGCAUGCAGGCCUGGCUGGAGGGAUACCACCACACCAACACCACAGGCAUGCACUGGUCGCCUCUCCAAGGCCGCGGCGGUUCCAUCCAGGCGGCGCUCUCUCUGGAGCUCAGCAGCGACGUGGUGACCAGCCUGGACAUUGUGCUCGAGGGGCUCAACGGGCAGCUGCCCAACCUAGACCUCACCAACCUCUUCUCCGCUUUCUGUCAGAAGAUUGGUGUCCUGUGCACCAUCCAGGGCAAGUUGCAGAGGAACGACUGGGACAGCACGUUGGGCUACAGCCACGCCGUACAGACGAUGAUGCUGAUGGUGCUCAAGCAGGCCAGCGGCCGUCCGUGGGGCGACCACGGGCUCUUCAUGCGCUACCACGUGGAGGCGGUCACCAUCAAAGGCAUCAACAGCUUCCGCCAGUACAAGACGGACAUGACCACCGUCGGCAGGCUCUUGGAGGGAAUGUAUCGCAAGCUGAAUAACCUCCUGGAGCGCCUGCACCAGUCCUACUUCUUCUACCUUCUGCCCUCGCUCUCCAACUUUGUUUCUAUCAGUUACUACAUGCCAGCGUUCGGCUUGAUCUGCGUCAUCUUGCUGCUGCGCGCUUUGGAUCUUUGGGUUCAACUCUCGGCGCCUCCAGUGAGACAAGACGGCGUCGCCAAUGCAGACCAGUCCAGUCCCGGCGUGCUGUCCGUGCUGACCCCUCUGGUGAUCAGCCACCUGACCGGGGUGGCCCUCUACGCGCUGCCCGUCCGCUUCCAGGGGAUGGCUGUGGAGCACUUCCCGGUGUCUGAGACUGAGGCCGUGGUGCUGACGUCUAUCGCAGUUUACACGGCCGGGUUGGCUCUGCCUCACAACACGCACAGACUUGUUUCUGGCGAAGGCACGGAGCAGGGCUGGAGAGUUUUGAAGCUGGUGGCCGUGUUGUACUUGGCCGUGCUGCUGGGCUGCACCGCCCUCGUCAACUUUUCGCUGGGCUUCAUCCUCGCCCUCACGCUCGUGCCCGUGGCCGCCGUCGUCACGCCGCACGUUUCCCGGUUCCCGGUGGCCGUUUUCACGGUGGUCCUCAGCCCCGCCUGCACGCUGCUCUUCUCCGUCUUCGCCUUCCGCGAGCUGCAGGAGAUGCCGCUGGGCUUCCAGGACAGCUGGCUGCUCUUCCUGUCGGUCAUCUCGCAGGGCAUCCUGGACCACGAGCUGUACGGCUCGCUGGUCUUCCCGCUGGUGGCGCUGCUCGUGUAUCCCUGCUGGCUGCUCUUCUGGAACAUUCUCUUCUGGAAAUAGACCACGGACAAGCCUUCAACAAAGGUGAUCUCAGGUUCUUCUCCCACCAGGUAUUGACAGUUAAUCCACUGGAGGAAUUACUGUACACUUUUUUUUUUUUUUAAACGUUACUUCUGUUAGGGCUGGGUGUCAGUGUCAAUGGAUUGCUUGAAUCUUGAAGUAAUGGAGGCAAUAAUGGAGUGCACCACUUAGCUUCAACCAGAUUCAGUCCCUACUAGUUUGCCGUUUGAAGAACUUUCCAAGAUAUGUGGAAAUAAUUGAUUGUUGCUCAUUUAUUUUCCCCUUAGUCAAUAUGAUAAAUGUAUUUAAAUACCCUUAUUUGUAUUAACAAUUCCUUAACUUACUGAUCUCCAACAGUGUAUUUAUGCACCAAAAAAAAAUGAUGAAUGUCUUUAUGUAUGUUGUUUUAUUUGGAUUUAAGAGAUGGCACAUUGGAGGGUGGUGAGUUUUUUUUAAUGUAUAUAUUCUUGUUUUGAUACUUUGUUUUGCUUUUUAAAUGAUGAAUUUGCUAGUGGCUUUAAAACAGGAUGUUGACUUAAUGAAUUCAUUUUUUUCAUUUUUCUCAAUAAGACAGCCAUGGUGGUAUGAUGCAUUGUUUAUUCAGCUAAUGUCAUUUGACUUUUUACACAGUAAUAUGUACUGAAAACAUCAUUCCGUCGCUGUCACAACUUGAGGGAAUCGAAUAAAAUCAAAUCAGCUACUAAAA